GCCUCCUUCCACUGUGCCUUUUAUUCCGGACCGGACAGUCACUCUUACCAAAAGACAAUAUUGCCCCUUCCACCUCUUCAUAUUCCUUUAUUAUAGUUAAACCCUUUUCUUCUUCAUUCUCUUUUCUUUCUUUCAAUCAAGAUGGCAAAGGGUUGUUCCACUACCAGUAACAACUAUGAAGCGGCUAGAGAACAAAGACUUGUGGAAAACAAGAAGAGGUUUGAGGAUUUAGGAAUCUCAAAAAUUUCCAAAACAUUGACUGAAAUCGCAAGUCCAGCAAAGAAAUCCACGAAUCGUCUUUUCAGACCAAAAUCAAAGACUAAUGUUGUUCUGGAACCUAGACGCUCUUCUCGUGCCAGAAACUCAGUUCCUUCGUAUGCUGAAGAGUUUGGCACAGACCUUCCACAGUUGCGGAGGAGGGCAAGGUCAAGUUCAUCAUGGGGAAGUUACGCUUAUGCUGCAAGGCCACUGGAUGAAAUCAAAGUAGCUACAGCUCAAGAAAGAAAGCGUGCUUGGGAUGCGGCAGAGGCACUCCAAAUCAAUUUGCAGUCUUCGAAUCCAAUAUUUAUCAAGUCAAUGCUCCGGUCUCAUGUUUAUAGCUGUUUUUGGUUGGGUCUUCCCAGUAGAUUUUGUGUGGAACAUCUUCCAAAGACAGAUUAUACAAUGGUUUUAGAGGAUGAAAAAGGCUUGGAAUAUGAUGCUGUUUACCUUGCCCGUAAAACUGGGCUUAGUGGUGGCUGGAGAGGAUUUGCAUUGGAACAUAAAUUGGACGAUGGUGAUGCAGUAGUUUUUGAAUUGGUUGAAGCAGCACGAUUUAAGGUUUAUAUUGUUAGAGCAUUUGAAAAUAUAGAUGAAGAGGAAGAAAAAGAAGAAAGCGAUGCUUUGGUGGAAGAUGGAAAUAUGUGCACAUCCAAAACAAUAAAAAAAUCUGAAACUGUGAAACCAAAGGAAGCUACAAAGAAAACUAGAAUGCAAAAGGUAUCUAAAGUACCUACACAUGAGCCAAAGUCUGAAACUGUUAAAUCAGAGGAAACUUCUAGGACAACAAGAUCUUCUCACAAAAAGCAAAAGAUAUCUGAUGUAUCUACUGCAAUUGAGCCAAAAGAGGAUGCACACCUAGAAACAGUGAAACCAGAGGCAGCUACAAAGUUGCCAAACAAGAAAAGGAAGGCAAAAGAAGGUGAUGUAUCUAAGAAGAUUCUUUUGGAAGAUAAUGCUAAAGCAAUGAAGACUGACUCAGAGAGGAAGGAAGAACCUGUUGAGGAUGUUGAUGUUGAGCUAAAGAAAGUUAAGCUAGAUGAUAAAGCAAGCAAACCUGCUGCAGAAAAACCUCGGAAAAUUCGAGCUCCAAAGUUUUUCAGAAAGAGAGGUUAGUCUUGGAGACCAGUUAAAAGGUUAUGAAAUACUGAUCAUUUUAAGGUUGUUUGAAAUACUGAUUGGCAUAAGAAGUGAGCAUCUCUUGUUCCCUUGUUAUGGGUGAUAUUGUUUUAUUUUAUUGCAUUUUAGGAACAUGAAACUUUUAUUUAGUGGAGCUUCUGUUUUGAUAUAUGUAGCAGAAUGGAUUUUCAAAGUUAGUAUAAUUAGUAUUCUCUUAUUUCUUAUCA